GUGGCACCAUGGUGCCGGUGGCACAUAGGUUUCAUCCUCAGAGCCUCAGGUUCUGAUAUUAUUUUUUGUCUUUAGACAGUUCGUUGUUUGUUUUAUCUUUGUGGAGUCCGAGCUACUUGAACAAUUUUUGAAUGGUGCAGCCUGUUACCUAAUUUCUGGCAUGUCCAAACUGUUGAUGCAGCGAGUGGUGUCAUCUAGGGCACGGAGGUUGCAUUAUGCUGUUGGGGAAGCUACACAGCACCAUCAACCUGUUUGCUGUUGCUAUGAGAGUCGUCACCAUAGGAACCGUAUCAUCCCUCAUCAACCAAUUUGGCUUGGGUUCGCCAGGACCACGUAUUCAGCAGGACCCAUCCCCCAUCACCGGAGAUGGGACUCCAUUUUCACCAAGCCAACGAGUAUGACAAAAACGGCAGUUUUCCUCCGGUCUUUGUCUUCAGAAUCGGGCAGCGACACACCGCUUGACCAAAUAGACUCACUUGAGGAGGAUUCCUUUGAGGAGGUUGCCAAAGAACUGGAUGCAGAAGGAACAGGUCCCAGAAGGUCUUGGAAAGGAAAGUCUUCCUCAGAUAGCUUGAAGGACACCAUGAAGAGUGUCGGUAGAUUAGUCCCAGACAAAAUAGUCACCCUCCUGGAUGAGGCUGGGGUAUCACUGGGACCACUUCACCGUAAGGAAGCCAUCAAGCGGAGUCAAGAAGCCAGACUCAAACUGGUACUGAUCAACCCAAACAGCAAGCCAUAUCCCACCUAUAGACUGAUGACUGGGCAGCAACUUCAUCAGGAACAGAUGUCGCUGAGGGAGAAACUGAAGGCAAAAAGUGCCCCCACGCAGGUCAAAGAGGUCAGGCUGUCGGGUAACAUUGAGAAGCACGACCUAGAGGUCAAGCGGCGGCACAUGCAUGACUGGUUCGAGGAGGGUGGGGCACAGGUCCACGUCAAGGUCACGUUGAUGGGGGCCAGGAAACGGCAAAAGCCUGUCUCCAAGGAACAGCAGUUGGUCAUUAUUGGUCAACUCAUGUCUGGCCUGGAGGAUCGAGUGACGUUUGCCAGCAAGCCCAGGGAGGUGGGUAAGGAUGGAAUGAACCUGACCGUGACUCUCAGGCCCAUGUCGGCCAAAGAGAAGGCGGCCCUGGUCAAGCAGAAGAACAAAGAUGAGAGUAUGAAGCAACCCCAAGGGGGGACGUCAGACUCCGGACAGGGAGCAGGGGAGGGAGAGGCAACUGCUGGAAUGGAUGAGAAAGCCCAAGGGUGAAGGGUGCUAAGUGAACACAAAAAUGAACUGAAGCUAAAAUGCACCAGCACAUGACUGUGAGUAAUGCAGCCACCCAGGCAAUGCUGUAUCAGUGAACUCCUAGAAAAUUGAGAACUUGAGAACAGGAUAAAAAAAGGAGGUCAAGAAGGAUUUGCUUGAUAACUUCACCCUUGAAUCAAAAGAAACAAAACAAAAUAAAACCAGAUGAGAUGUCAGAUUAAGGGUUUAUUGGACUGGCAUCAUCCCAAUUGCAACAAAGUUAGGGAAUGAAUUUGUCUCAAGUCAGCUUGUGUGGAUUUUCUGCACAUGGUGUAAAGUACAUGUUCAGUAGAAUACCAGAACUUACGAGUCAACCCCGAGUACGUCGUAAUAUUCUAAGGAGGAAUAAUGAACAGUAAUCAAAGUUUUCAUCAGAUUCAAAGUCAAAAAAAUUCAACAUCUACCUUGGAGUACAUGACACUAAUGCAUACUUGUACCCUUAAGGGGAAAUACAUGUAUAUGUAUCCCAUUUAGGGAUGUCCCUCAAUAGUGUUCAACUACAUGUAUUCCAAAGAAUAAAAACAGGUAAAUUGCUGCAAAAAUGGAUAUGAACUUGAGUGUAACAGAACGAAUGCCUACCCAUUACAGAGCACCUUCUGCAGGCUCUUUACGAGAAAGGCUCUCUUUCAGACAUCUCUGGUGACCAUGGGCAUGCUACACAAGUCAUUUGUAGUGGCCCCCGCCAGUGGCAGUAACCAUUGGUAUGAUUACUAAAGAGAGCUCCUGCUCUGAACAAAAGCUGAAUGCAAUGCUGUCCACCAUUAAUGGGAACCACCGGGAUUACCAAGUGAAAACAAGCUGAAUUCAUCUGUAAGAAUGUCUACUCUGAACUUAGCUCAUCUUUGCCAUGCAGGCCAUGGGAGAAAAGGAUUGGGAAGUGCAUCAGACACUAUUUUUGGUCCCUUUAAAACUUAGCAAAGACUGCUACAGUACACAGGAGUAAGCUUGACCGAGGAAAAGCAGGAACAGACAAUAAAGAAACAAUCUAGACUUA